AAAAAGAAUAUAGUGUCAAUGUUCUAAACAGAGUGUCUACCAGUCAUGGUGCAACUCAUCAACUAAGUUUUAUUUAAUUUGUAAAGGUGAUAUAUAGAGCGUGAAGAAUACCUGGGAACCAAACAAAACAACAAAGAAGAACAUUGAUCAACAAGUCCCUGCCGCAAUCUCUUUGCAAAUAAACAGAUAAUGGGGGCAACAAUAUUGCUAUAGAAAACUGGUUAGUAUAAUGGAUUGGUUUGAGCAAGAGAGACCCGGCAGAUUCGCAUUACCAGCUGUGCUGUACAUACCCAAGACAAUAGAAAUAACUUUGGAUGAAUCCAUGGUGAAGAUAGCUUUAUUUCAAUAAGAGCUUUUGUUUAUGAUGAGCACGAAAUAGAUCCAGCUGAAGAGAAAAGAAGUGCAGGAAGAAAAAUAAGACUCAACCUCCCAAGCUUAAAUAGGAGAUGGAUAUGCAAACGCUUUUCUCUCUCACCGAUGCGAAAAUUCCGAAGGAGCUGGUCGGAACCACAAAGGGAAACCUUUCAGCGGUUUCUGUUGUUCGUUUUCCGUUGGCUGCAACGGAAUAGGCCACGGCAAAACUGUUUCCGUCGACUCAAAUCCUGCAGCUGUGCGCGUGAUAAUGCUUUACACUCAACCGGUCUGAAUAUCUUCUUUCAACUGGAUACACCUGACCCAAAAGUGUCUUCCGAGGGCUGUUUUUCAACAAUUUGACUUUUGGUAUUCUGAGUAUUUGGCUGCUAACUGAUGAUUGAAUUCAUGUUUGAUAGAGAAGACCACACAUUAACCUCGUAUUG